AUGGCGUUCGAUGGAGUGGAAGCAGGCACGGUCACGUCUCAGCAGCCAGACCGCAGCCGAAGAUUAUAUGCCACCGCUUGUGCCGUCUUGGCCUCCAUGUCUUCGAUCGUUCUCGGCUACGAUAUCGGUGUGGUGAGUGGAGCUUCUAUCUUCAUACAAGACGAUCUGAAACUCUCGGAUUUGCAACUUGAGAUCUUUAUGGGAAUCCUAAACCUAUACUCCAUCGUGGGUUCGGGUUUGGCCGGAAGAACGUCGGAUUGGAUCGGGAGAAGGUACACCAUAGUGCUGGCCGGAUGCUUCUUCAUAGCCGGAGCCCUCCUCAUGGGAUUUGCCACCAACUACCCUUUCAUAAUGGUUGGUCGCUUCGUGGCCGGCAUUGGUGUCGGUUAUGGCAUGAUGAUCGCUCCCGUCUACACCACGGAAGUCGCCCCCGCCUCUUCCCGGGGAUUCCUCAGCUCUUUCCCCGAGAUCUUCAUCAACAUCGGUAUUCUACUCGGAUAUGUCUCGAAUUUCUUCUUCGCCCAGCUACCCGAGCAUUUGGGAUGGAGGUUUAUGUUGGGGAUCGGAGCCGUCCCGGCCGUGUUUUUAGCCCUUGGAGUCUUGGCAAUGCCCGAGUCCCCUCGGUGGCUCGUCAUGCAGGGUCGUCUUGGUGACGCCAUGAAAGUCCUCGAGAAGACCUCCGAUACCAAUGACGAAGCCAUCUUGAGACUUGAUGAAAUCAAAACCGCUGUCGGGAUCCCAGCAGAAAUGAAAGGAGACGUCAUAACGGUUCCGGACAAGAAGAGCCACGGAGAAGGUGUCUGGAGGGACCUCCUCAUCAAGCCCACCCCAGUUGUUCGCCACAUCCUCAUCGCCUGUCUUGGCAUCCACUUCUUCCAGCAAGCCUCCGGAAUCGACGCCGUCGUUCUUUACUCUCCCACCAUCUUCGCGAAAGCCGGGAUGAAAUCCAAGCACGAUCAGCUUCUUGCAACAGUGGCAGUAGGGCUCGUCAAGACGCUCUUGGACUGGCUUGGCUCAGCGCUGGGGACGGACUUGUGUGGCAAUCUCCUGGUCCGCCGGACCAGAGUUGGUCAGGGGCGGGCCAGAUGA